AAAUGGUUACAGUAAUCCAAGUUCUCCCUCGCCAUUUCCAUUCCGCUGUCUACGAGCGAGGCUCGCAAUUUGAACCAUUGCAAACUCUCAUAUUUACUUACGAACGAUCGGGCGAUGGGAAAACGACGCAGCACCGCAAGUAAUGGUGAUAAAGGCCUUCACAAAGGUCAGGCACCCGAAAACGAAAAGCAGCAGCCGGCAAAGGCCGACAGCGACGAUGAUGCAAUGUACGGCAAGGUCGAUCGGUACCAUAACGAACGGGACGAAAAUUUUAUGCGACUCGACCAAGAAUCGAAUGAGAGUAGUGAUGAUGACGAGAAAGAAGAAGCCGUCAUGGAUCUUGGCUUAGCGGGAGCUAGUUCUGAGGAAAGUAACAGCGAUAGUGAAUCCGGAGAGGAAGGCGAUCGACAGAUUGGCAAUUCAUCGGAGGAGGACGAUUAUUUGGACUCCUCGGAUGAUGAAAAUGACGAAGAGAUACAAAUUGAGGGUGUACGCGACUGGGGGAAGAAAAAAUCAAACUAUUACAAGGGUGACACCGCCGACUUGGAGAUUGGACAAGACGAGGAGGAUGCGAUUGUGGAAGAAGAGGCCGCGAAAGAACUACUAGCUGCUCGAUAUGAAGGCAUGUCCGAGGACGAUUUUGUGCUUCCUGACAUUAGAGAAGAGAAGCAAGCAUCGCCAGGAGAGCUUUUGUCGGCUGCUCGGGAUAUUUCAAGGCUAUCGAGAAAGGAAAAGCAAAAACUUCUCGACAAGCAACACCCGGAGCUCCUUCCACUGCUGUCUCACUUUUCUGAGAUUGCGAACGAUCUUGAAGAGCGUACGAUCGUCGGAACUCGCGCAAUUUUUGAUGGAGAGGAUGAAACUGCUGCGGCCGUUGGAUGUACCAAGUCGGGUCAACAGUACCUUCUGGUAAAGUCAAUGUUGCAGACCACAGCGUCACUAAAUCUCGCUAUGUAUUUGCUGUUGAAAAAAGAGCAAUCCUCUUUAGAAGACGUGGAUUCUGGUCUGAUUCAAAGCCACCCUAUCAUGGCUCGUAUGCAAAAAUGGAAUUCUAUGCUACAAAAGCUGGAGGAACAAGUCGAAGAUCGAGCAGAUGGUCUGGAAACACAGUUGAAUAAUCUCGUCAAAGCCGCUGCUUUAAUGUCAGAAGGGCUAAGUGACGAAGAAAUUGAAGAAGAGGAAGAUGAAGACCACGCCGAGGAUAGAGAAGGAAACGAUGAGAGUCUCCGCAUUGAUAUACCGUCGCUGGAUUCGACUGACGAAGACUCAGUCGACACUGAAGAAGGGAGGCGCCAUGCCCUGAACGAAGCACGAUUUGGGCUUCGGACGAGCGAGAUUAAAUCCGGAGCGUCUAGCAGUCCUCAGCGCAAAGCUGUGGAGUCCGAUCUAGGUGACGAAUUUGAAAACGAUGUUAAUAAUGCCGCCUCUAGGGCUCUGGCGUCUACCCUUAACUCGAUCGAACAGCGGUCGCUUUCGCGCAAACGAAAAGCAGCUCCAAAUGUGGAAGCUUUGGACGAACCACAGCAAGAUAAUUCUGAAAUACGACAGGCAUUGGAAAUGAUGGAAACCGAGCUUGGUAAAGACCCUGAAACAGAAUAUGAAUCCAACGAUGACGAUGCAACUGACCCGGAGGUUGACGAGGACGAUGGGGAAGACGAGUUAUACAAAGAAGUUAAGAGAAAAAGCAAGUCAAAGAAAGAGCUCAAAAAGAGUUUGUACGCAGUGGCUCCUAAAUAUCCUCGAUUGGAGAAAGAGAUUGAGGGAGAGCGCGCUGUCAGUCGCACCAUUCUCAAGAAUCGUGGCUUGGUUGCCCACAAGAAUAAGCUCAAUCGCAAUCCACGCGUCAAAAAACGAGAGCAGUAUCGGAAACGACUUAUUCAGCGCAAGGGAACUGUUCGGGAGGUCCGCACAGACGAAGGACACAAGUAUUCUGGAGAAGCGACCGGUAUCAAGAGUGGUCUUACUCGUAGCCGCAAGUUGGCUCGUUAG